AGUCUCCUCUCCUCCUCUGGAAACAUAGUAAUACUAACAGCAACAGAAAGGCGUCUCCUUGGAGCCCUCUCUAUCUUCCAUCCAAGGAUCAAAUGGGUCUUCUCGACCAACUGUGGGACGACACCGUCGCCGGGCCUCCGCCCGUCGGCAAGCUCCGCAAGUACAACUCCUUUUCCCCUUCAUCCUCCGCUGCUGCUUCUUCCGCCGCCGCCGCCGCUGGCGGCGUUGCUCAGGUCACCCGCAGCGUCACCAUCCUGCGCACCGCGUCCUCCUCCGCCGCCACCUCUCCCCGCUCUCCCUCCUCGCCGGCCAGCGCCCCGGACUCCCCCCUCGCGCCGCCGGGGCCGUGGGGAGACUGGAAGCGGUUGCGGAGAAAACCGGUGCCGGUGGCUGAGGGAGCGGGGAUGGCCGAGCCGAGAACCCCCACCGUCUAUGACUGGGCCACUGGAACGCAAAAGACUGUCUUUUUACGCUUGCGCAAUUGUAAUUACCGGAAGAAACAUGGUUUGCAGGGUGGUGAUAAGUUCUCUAGACAGAUGAAAGUGAGAUGGGGGAGAAAGCUUGCUAGGAAAGCUAAGAGAAGAAGAAGACAGUCGCAGACAAGGAGUUGCCGUCACCUUUGUUUGUAUCUUGAUCUGUGCAUAUGAUGCAGGUUUUUGUAGCUAUAAGAAAGCAGUGGAAGGAGUCAGGAAAAAGUUUGUAGGAGACUUUUGAGCCAUGGAGGGCACAGCAUGGACCUAUGCAAUCAUUUCCCCCACUUGGCUUUGUCCCCUCCUUCUGUUUGUAAUCUUUGUGCUUGUGAAUUAAGCGGUGGGUCUUCUGUUCAA